AUGGUUUUGCGGCAUUCCGCCCUCGCUGUGUGCCUCUCGGUUCUGCUCGCUUUAGAUCAAAACUCUAGCCAGGCAAAUGCACAGUACUUGCAGAAUUUGGACCGCACCCGUAUCACUAAUCCUGCGACCAACAUCCAAUACGAUGGCUACAGAUACAAGGCCGUCCCUGACAACCGGGCCGCCUGGCGUAAUGUUAUCGACCUUGGCCGCACCGAAAUCAUCUAUCUCUAUUACAAUUGCUACUACAUGAACAACAUCUGCGACAACGUUGACACCUUCCUGAGCUCCCCCCGCGGCCAGAACCUCCACCCUGGCACGACCAUCCCCGCUGACCAGUUCACCUACGACUUUGAUACCGGUGAAGAAAGCUGGACUCACCAGUCCGGCCGCAGGGAGAAGUCUUGCCUCAAAAGUUGGGGUAAAGCGCGGAACUGCCCCGGGCCGAGCAAGAAGGUUCCCUUCCGCCACGACGGCCCCUGGUGGACCAAGGAUGUCGAGGCCGUCGGCAACACAAACAUGCUCAAACAUGAACGCGACAGUCAGACCAAAAACAUCAUCAAGAGGUCCGGGAUGCGCUAUACCUGCGAUGAGUUCCCCCCUGCUACCUGGGUCGAGGGUGGCAGCGGCUGGGCUAACAACCAACCUGCCAACACUCGGUGCGCUGGUCAUGCCUGUCUUGACCCCUUCGCUGUUGUCGUCAACGGUAACCGCGUUUCCGUAAAGGCCGAGCAGGACUGGCAGGCUAGAUCGCACAAGACGCUCCGCGACGUCCUUCUCAGCAGAAUCGAAGCCCGCAACAAUGAGUUUACGUGGCACGAUCCCCGCAACCCGCAGAGGGAUACUGCCUUUGUCACGAGUUAUAGCACGCAGUAA